GAUAUAAUUCAAAUACCUGUAUUUCUUGAUUUGAAAUUUUUUUUAUCAAUACGCGCGCCUGCUGCCUUAUUCAAUUCAGGUUGUAAUCCGAAAAUUUGUUAUGGAAUUGAAUCAGAUAUCAUUCACUGGAUUGGUAAGCAAUAUGAUAUAUGGAAGAGUAAAAUUUUCCUUACAUGGAACACUGUCACCCUCAAUGGUGGACAUCCGAGCUUUCGGAAUGAGACACUUGCCUCAUUGUCUCUUCAGCAUCUGGAUAUCAUUACAAGUGGACUUUUUCUUCCAGUUUGUGUCUGAAAGUUACUCUUCCACACAUGGUUUGUAUAAAGAUGGAGAAGUAAAAAACCGAAAUCGAAAAACCGAUUUUUUUAUGUUAUUAGGUAGCUACGCCUGACAGCCACAAGUAGUUUUCUUAUGAAAAUUGUAGAGAAAUUAUUAUCAGGGUCCUUGGCCGAUUACUACUAAAAAUGUUCUGCUGAAAUGAAUACAUAUCAAAUCAAUACAACACAUUCCUGAUCACAUGGGCGUUACAUCAUCACUUUAGAUGUUAUAAAGGUUGUUUAACGUACGAAGGUUUUUAUGAAAUGGAAGCAUUUGCCAUAUCAUGCUUUAGAAUUUGAAGGUCAUGAAACUUUCGAGUUUUUUUAGUGGUGCUUUCGGCAAUGUAAUAAUUUAAUAUAUACAUUAAACUUCAUAUUUGAUCCCUUUAUUUAAAUGUGAAUGAUGGUUAUAGGGUAAACGGUUUUCUGAACGGAGAUCAUUGGUUUAAAUCCAGUCAGAGGUUUCUUCUAUUUUCAGAACUGCAUAUUAUAGGUAUAAUAAAUACAGAACAACCUGCGAUAAUGAUUCAAAAAACCAUUCCCAAACUCAGUACGCAACUUAUCAAAUUCAAAAAAAAUGUCUAUGAAUAACCCUGUAUAAGUUCCAUCGAAAGGGAGUAGGUACUUUUUAUUAGUUAGACUAAUAUAAAUUUCAUUUCAAAAUAACAUUUAUUUUGUCAAUUCGAAUCAAGAGAUCAUUUUCCUCAAUAUACUAUUUUUUUUAUUGAUUUUGAAAAUGCUUUCAAACACUUUCCUUAUUGAGUUGAUUUAUCACUAUCAAUUGAAACACAGUCAUACGUAAUUUAUUUUUGAGUUCAUAUCAUGUUGUUCAUUAACUAUUUACUUGAUAUAUAUAAAUUUACUUCAUAUAAAUUCAUCUUACGAACUUAAGUUUUCCAUAAAAGUAUUGAUUGCAACUUCAAAGAACUCAAAAUAGAGUAUGUAACUGAAUGAAUGUUAUCUGAUAAUACUAGUGAAAAGCUGAAAAUUAUCUAAAAACAAGUUACAAAAUGAACUCCUUUCCUAACAUUCUAAGAACGCAUACUGUUAAAAUCAUUACAGUGCUUACUAUUAGCAUUCACUUGAUUUUGCGUAAGUAAAAUGAAAUAUAUCCAGGUAAGUGUUAUUUAUUAAAACAUCAUUAAAAUUUUCAACAUAACGAAUAAGAGUUGGCAAGAAUAUGUAUUUCAAUUAAAUAUUUAUUUUUCAUGCUGGUAUUCAUUUCGGCUAGAGUUGUGAAGCAUUCUAUUUGUAUAUUCAUUCAACGCUGUUUAUUUGCCAACUCUUUUCUUUUGAUACAGUAUGAAUGAUUGUGUGGAUGAAUUAACAUUUUUCCAAAAAAAAAAAACAAAAAAUCGUUUGUUUUAUUGAGGAACGUGAUCAUCUUCCACUGGACUUGCUGACAGACAGACGGAUCUGCCUGCCCGCUGCCUACCUGGUUUUGUGAAAGUCCGGCGUCCAUUCCUAACAAGGGAGUGAUGCAAGCAACACUAUCUAGUGGAGAGAAAAUGGAAAGAAGGUACAGCCCCAGCUUCCGAGAUGACUAUAAAGAAAAAAAAGACAGGAAACGAAGGAGAGGAGAAGAGGUUUUCAAAAUGCGAGUUCACCACACAGGCAGUCCAAAAGAUGUUCUCAAAAGUAUAGCACAGGCAGACAAUACCAACAAACAGUACUAUCUCAUGUUGGAGAAUAUCACGUCGAAUUAUAACCGUCCCUGCAUACUAGACCUGAAAAUGGGUACAAGGCAACACGGAGAUGAUGCAUCAGCAGAUAAAAGAAGAAAACAAAUGGCAAAGUGCGCAGCUAGCACUUCUGCAUCUUUGGGAGUAAGGUUAUGUGGAAUGCAGGUUUAUGAUGAAGAAAGGGACCUUUACCACAAAAGAGAUAAAUAUUGGGGUCGUGAAUUGGACAAAGACGGUUUCAAAGAGGCCCUCUGCAGAUUUUUUGACAAUGGUAGUGGAAUUCGGGUGUCUGUUAUUCGUAAAGUUAUUGCAAAAUUGGAGAAGUUGAGGAGGGUCAUAGAGAAACAAAGUUGCUAUAGAUUUUAUUCAUGUUCUUUACUCAUCGUCUAUGAAGGUAGUAGUGGAUCACCUCAUGUGUCUAUAACUAAAGCCGAACCUUUCUGUUCGAGCAGAUUGAAACCUUUCUGCAAUGAUGAUUGUACUCAAACCUCUGAGGAUAACAGUAGGGACGUUCACUACUGUUAUGAGGCUGACAUUUCAAAUUCAUCAAUGGACUCUAGCCAUGAAGAAGUGUCUCAAGACUCCCACCAUCGCGGAUUCGGAGAAGCCGCUGCACGAGGGGCAAAGCUGAAUUCGUUCGUUCCAAUAUCAGAAGAAACGGUGUUUUUGAAUUCCCCUCCAUCUCCUGUGAAUAUUCCAUCGAGUCCUUUAUCUAUGGAUAGUUGGACUACCUUUUCAAAUAGUAGUAGUGGAGAAUAUUCAUUACCUGGACAAUCUAGUAGUUCUAGUUCAAAUGAUGAAAAUUCUGAUUCAGACUCACCUUCUCCUCCUAAAAGCAGGAGAAGCAGUGAAAAACAAUUCGCGAACCUAAAAUUGAAGGAUGAGAAUGACGAAGAUCUACUUUUAGGUCUGAAACAUAAACGACUGUGUGUUGAGGAACAAUGUUCUUCAUUUUCUGCUCCAACCCUAGAAGUUGAUGUGAGAAUCAUUGAUUUUGCACAUACUUCAUUUGCUAGACAGAGUGAUCCAAAGACGAAGAAUACUCAUCAAGGUCCUGAUGGAGGUUUCUUAACAGGUUUGGAUAGUUUACAACGUAUUUUGUUGGAAAUUAUAUCUUCUGACAAUUAAUAUAUUGAGCAAUUUCCAAUUUUUUUUUCCUGAAUAAUUUUGUACAACUCGAACAAAUUCAAUAAACUGUUAUUUUUUUCAUUUAAAGAUAAUUUUCAGUCAGAAGCUUUUGUGACAUUGGUGUAAAUUAAAUAUUUUUCAUUUCUGUGAAUAAUAUAAAACGUAUUCACCAUGUUCCUCAUGGAAUAUAUUUUCAUUAUAAUUAAAAUUAUUGUCGCCCGUUUUGAAAGUGUUUCAGAUAUUUUUCUAUGGACCUUUCUGAAAAUUCUUCAUACAGUUUUAGAAAGUAUUAAUUUCUAGUUUAGCUAUUCAUAAGUAACUUGUAAAUCAACAAAGUUGGCAUAUUUUACAUUUCAAAACGUCUUUUACGUCAAUCUGUCGAGGAAGUUUAAAAACGAAUCGAAACUAAGAAAAAUCGAAAAUAAAGGUGAUUUUUUUCAGUUCUGUGGACGGAUCUAGAUUUUGGCCUCCAAAAUGUAUGUGUGCAAAUGUUAACUUUUUUGGUAGUGAAAGUUAUAAAAUAUGACAAUUUACUGAUGAAUUUGUUCAAUUGUUUCGAAUACUAUCCAUUUUUAUCACACCAAACCAUGAACAGAUAGAAAUAAAAUUAGAAUAGCACUAAUUCAGUUAAAUUCAUCAAAAUUAUCUAUUGGAUAGUUUUUUAUUUUCCAAUAUUUACCUACCAGCUGUUCUCAGUUAUAUUUAUAAAAGUGUUUAUUAUGAAGAUAAAGUAAAAUGUAUUCAUUCUAUUGUUUAAAAUUAACAGAAACAGAUUUUUCAAUAAUUUGAAAGUAAUGUUUUUGAGUGAACGGAUAUAAUUUCAAAACAUUCCAUUACCAUUAUGCAAUUAGUUUGAAAAUUUUGAAAUAUAGGUAUCAUUUAUUCAGGAAAGUAUUGAAUCAAUAACAGACUGUAUGUUCAUCUUGCUGUGAAACAUUUUCUGAAUCAACCAUACAGUCUCAUGAAGAAUAAAUUGAAUUACACCUUAGUCUUCCUUGUUUUUGGUCGUAUCAUCGUUACCUAAAGUAGAAUUUUGGAUUAAUUCAGUUUUUAUUGUUUGUCACCAUGAAUGAGGAAAACCUGUAAUCCUUGCAACCUGCAGAAGAUAUUGAUGUUCACGAAUGUAAACUUAAGCUUCAGCAAAAUAUAUUUCUAGAAUGAUAAAGAAUGAAAAAAAAAAUGAAAAUUUUUUUUCUUCAUAAAAAAGCGAAAUAAAUGUCUGCUUUCAUAAUUCUAGUUGUUCCAACAAAAGAAACUAUUUUCCAAUGAAAAACUCUUCAGUAGGAAAUUAGUUGAAUAACUAAAAAUUGUUUUUUUUUUUUCGUAAGAAGUGAGAACAACUUCUCUUCUGUUUGUAAAAUGUACUGGAAAGACUUUUAUUUAUAUAAAUUCAAUAAAAAAAAGGCACUUCUCCCAAUCACCAGGACUGUAAUAUUUUUUUCCUGUUUCACUAACCAAGUUGACGUCUUUAGUUCUAUUUAUCCCCUGAAGACUCCAAUUAGGUUGGCGAAACGCGCGUCAAGAAGAGUAUUGCAGUUCUGCCUCUUGAAAAUAUUGCUUGUUUUGGAUUCAUUCUACACCAGAGGUUCAAGUUUUACUUUUAUAUGAAUUACAUGAAAAACAAUUCCAUUUUAUAAUCCCAAUUGUAGAUUUAAAUCUUUUCUCCUGAACCAUCAAGUACUCUUUGGAUAUGUUCCACUUUAUGUUCAAAUUUUUUUCUAUGAAAUAACAAUUUUCAAUAGUCUAUUGCUAGUCUACCUCUUAUGUAUAGAACUGCAUUUUUUAUUGACGUUAUUUGGCAACCAAGUCUUUCUCAUGUGUAAACAAUUUGAUCAAAUGUUAUGAGGUGUUUAUAGAAAAUUAGGAUUCAUUUUGUUUUAAAAUGUUAUGUGAUGUUGAAAUAAUGGCUUCAGAAUACAUUUGAUUAAACUGCUUGUACUUGGACCACAGUCUUAGGAACCCAUUUAUGUGAUAGAUGUACCCACUAUUGGACUACUUUGUAUAUUAAUAAAUUUUAUUUAUUUGACAGAAAUCUGUAAAGAAAAAUAUUUAGAUAUUCUGAGUGACUGCAUUUGUUGAAUUAUCAAGAAUAUUUGGAACUUGAUACUUUAUCCUAUUAUUAGUAUAUAAUGUUUUUUGAUGAGUUGAACUCUUCAGUGAAGAUAUCUGUAAAGCUUUCACUGAUUCUCCAGUGGAGGUUUCUAUCAUAACUUUUUUCAAUUUAAAAUGCGAAGUUAGUUGUCAGAUGUGGACAUUUUCCAGAUAAAUGUUAUUUAUUAUGUAAUUUAAAAAAUUGUCAGUAUUUUUUAUUAAAGAUACCGUGUUAAGUUCCUUUCAUCUUGUAUUUUUUUAAAAUAAAAUAUUAAAAUUAA